UCCUCUCAUGCAAUACCAAAACUGACCCUGCCUGGCAGAGAGACUGCUAGGUGAACAGAGCGGCGCUCGCAUCGCCGGCACACCGCGGGAGCCGCCUCUCCCCUGCAGCCGCUGCAGCCCCUCCGGGGCACCGCUGCCGCAAGUUCCCCCGAGGCUGGCGCCGGGGCCGGACUGUCUCCUCCGGGAGCCGGGGAGCGGUCGCUGCCCACGGGCUGUCCCUUUGCCCCGGGCCGGCGGGGGCCGUGGGGCGGCGGCGAGGGAGAGCGGCCCCCGGAGGGCAUUUCCCGAAGGCAGCGGGGCCGGGACCCGGCAGGAAAUGGAAGGAUGAAGUGUGCAGCCGGAGCGGUGAUGUUCCUUCUCUCCUUGCUUUCCCCUGCAGGAACGUAAUCCGCAAUGCUAGUUCUCAGGUUGCUCAAUGUUGUCGCUCCAGCCUACUUCUUGUGCAUCUCCCUAGUGACCUUCGUCCUCCAGAUCUUUGUCUUCAUCCCCAGCAUGUUCAGAGACCCUUCCACCACCCCACUUUUCUCGCCUGCUCUGCUGCAUGGGGCCCUCUUCCUCUUCCUCUCAGCUAAUGCCCUGGGCAACUACGUCCUUGUGAUCCAGAACUCCCCCGAGGACUUGGGCAAGGACUUUAACUUGGGCAAAGGAGCCGAAGUGGCAGACUGGCUGGAUGGAAGCAGGUCCCCUGGCUCAGCCUUGCCCGGCACUCACUUCUGUAGACUGUGUUCCAGAGUCACCCAGAGGCAUGACCACCACUGUUUCUUCACAGGGAACUGCAUCGGGAGCAGGAACAUGCGAAACUUCAUCAUGUUCUGCCUCUACACCUCCCUGGCUUGCCUUGACUCCCUGGUGGCAGGCAUGGCUUACAUUUCUGCUACACUUUCCAUGUCCUUUGUGGACCCACUGGCCUUCCUCACUCUUCUGCCUCACUCCAUCAGCCAGUUCUUCUCAGGAGCUCUCCUUAGCUCUGAGAUGUUUGUGAUCCUCAUGCUCUACCUCUGGCUUGGGAUUGGACUGGCGUGCGCCGGCUUCUGCUGCCACCAGCUGCUGCUGAUCCUGCGCGGGCAGACGCGGUACCAGGUGCGGAAGGGAAUGCUGGUGAGAGCCCGGCCCUGGAGGGACAACCUGCAAGAAGUCUUUGGCAAGAAGUGGCUGCUUGGACUUCUCAUCCCUGUGCAGAAUGUGGAGAGUGGCUACCGUAGGCAGAAAGAGAAAUAAAAUCCCCGUGUGUGUGUGUGUGUGCAUCCCACGCACACAACACCUUCCCUGCUCUCUCCCACUGUCUCCUGGAUCACUACAGAGCUGGGCUACUCCAUCUUUUGGGAUUGCAGUCGCUGUGGGAGGAAAGGAUGGGCUAUCAAACAGAAUAAAUUAAGCAUAUUUACAUGGAAAUCACAAACCAUGUAGAUGAGAUGCUCCAGCUUAGUAGUCACAUCACUGCACCUGCAUAGGUGGCAACAGCCUUUGAACUAGCAGAAAACUUAGUCAGACCCUCCUGUGGCUUCCUGUCAGAAUCCCUCAGUCCCCAGCCCUAUUAGUUACCCUAUAUAGUCUUAAGAAACUGCAUCAGGAGCCUGGGUUGUUGUGGAAGACUGUAAAAAUGGUGUCUAGUCUUAGGGAGGUUUUUGUGGAGUGGCUCUUUGGCACUUAUAUACAUUAGGUAACUUCACAUGAGAGCAUCACUGCAGAAUUGUUUGGACAGUGAUCUCAGGUACAUGGUGCCAUUCUCAAGAUUGUCCUAUUCAGGGCAAAGAGUUGGAUUUCAAUGAUCCUUGUGGGUCCCUUCCAUCUCAAGAUAUGAUUCUUGAUUCACAAUACUGACAAGCCCUUAAUGACAGAACUGCAAUGCAAUCAAGUUGUCCUAGGAACAGGCUAUGAACAUGGUUAAUGCAUCAGAUAAACCUGCUCUCCACAGGCUAGAAAAUAAGGAGAAAAACAAAAAGAAAUGGAGAAUUUCUCAUUUCUGUUAUUGAUCUCUUCCCUAUACAAUGAUAGGUCAAGACUGUAGCUGUGCUGCUUAUUUUUAGCAAUUCUUUGUCCAAUGACAGAGUCCGGGCAAAGCUGCCCUUCUGACAGGGAGCAGCAAGCAGAUAAAUCAUGGUCAGAUGGAGAGACAAGGAGAGGAAACCACAAAGAUGAAUGAAAAUGCGGUGUUUGAGAAGCUGUGUGAUGAGACAGGCUAUGCAUACCUGUGAGAGAGACAGAGGAAGUGUGGCCACACAGCAAGCACUUGGGAGGGUGCCAGGAGCGUGGCUGCUGUGUCAGAGCCCUGAUGCAUCACCCUCUCACAGGGAACACCUGCACCAUUAGGGCUGUGAAGUGUUCAAAAUUCCAGAAAACAAGGCAGUUUUCCAACCCAUCAGGGCACUUCAUUUUGCACUAAAACAAACAGGAAAAUGCUUUUCUCAGACAUCCCUGCCACACUUUAGUUACAGGCUCUCCAGGGCAAUUCCCUCUCGCAUUGCUGCAGAGGGGUAAAAUUAUCCAUAUUAUAACUCCAUUAAGGGUGUUAAUAGAAUUACUACAGGGAUUAAUCAACUUCAUGUGUCUGCUGCUUUUUAGCCGCAGCAGCAGCCCAUUAGAUCAGUGCUGAGAUCCUGUGCUUACAGAUGUCUUAACAAAGGAUACCACAACAUCUCUACCAGGGUCAGAGCACUGGAUUCCCCAGCAGCUGCAAGAGAGAAGCCUCUGCUUUGGCAAACUGCAUCAGCUUAUGUGGGCUGGGUAGGAAUCCAUUGCUUCUCUUUAAUAGGCUGAAUGGGAGUAUGCUGACAAGCCAUGAAAAAUGUUAUUUCUUCCUCAGAAAGGCUCUUGGUGCGUUCCUGGUAGCGGAAUGCCCCUUGCUUUUAUCCUUGAGUUUCUCACAGGCCAGAAUGGAGUCACUCAUUUCUAUAGGCUUUGUAACCAUCUUUGACUACUUUACACUUGAAUACACGUUUGAAUCAAUAACAAACAAAGUAUAUUGUGAUGAGCAGAAUAACCUUGAAAAUAUACUGGAAAAACCCUUAGCUAGAUAACUAAAACAUGGAGGAUAUACAUCCUUCCACACUGUGUGUGUUCGCAUGAACACACAAUCGUUUCUGUGGGUAAUAUGAUGUAUUUUCUCUAACAGUGAAAAAUAAAAGGUAUUCUGAUUUUUUACAUGAGCUGUAUUGUGCUCUUUGACAGUUAGCUGUCAUUAGCUGUCUCUAUACAUUUGUUACAGCAUACACACAGAUGUGUCAAAGGAAGAAAUUAGGAUUUGUUUAUUGGCUUUGCCAGUAAUUCAUCAUGUGAUUUUUGACAAGUCCUUUCAUCCUCCCUAUUUUAAUGUAAUGACCAAUCUAAAAACGCAUCUAAUAACCAAUUUGCAGAUCCAUUCUAAUUUCUAUUUAAAAAUUACACUACCAAAAUCAUGCCUUGUCAACUCAAAGCUAUGGGAAAAUUAAGCUAUUAUCAUCACCCACAAACAACAUCUCAGCAUAAAUUUUUCCUUCCUGUCAAUUGGUGUCAAGGUGAGCAGACAGGCACCUAGACACUGGAACCAGAGCCAGAGUCUCAUGCCAUACACUUUGUCUUGGAAGGAUUAUUCUUGUUCCACAGACUUGCUGAUCCAACUUCUCCCCUUUUGUAGACUUAAUGACAAUAGGCUUUCAACAUUUCAGCUAGAAGCCACCUUCCACCAUCAGAAAUUAUGUUUUGACAUCUCUGCCCUCUGCUUUUGGCUUUUGAGGGACACUGCAGUCUUGGGCAGCUUAUGGCACUUGGCACCUGCUGCCACAGUGCCUGGGCUGUAAAGCUCCUUAGGGAGGCACACUGAGAAGGGCAAAACAACUCAGGUUUCAGUUGGCCACUCUGCAAGGACAGAUUCCAUCCCCUACAACAUUAGUUGCCCAUGAAGCCUGCUGCCUCUUCACAUCAGGGCUGGAUCAUACCUGGCCCGUGUCAGGGUUACAGCUGUCUGCCCUUGCCACAGAAUUUCAGUCCUUGCAGAAGCACAGACAGAUCCCAGUUUGAGUCACUGCAGCACAGUCAUGCACAGCUAUGCUUCGUGUCAGACACCUGUGUUACUGGCUGGAAAUUGCUGCAUCACCAUUUUAUGCAGCUAAAUGGUUCAUUUGCAGCAAAAUACUGGAUUUCAGCAGUUGUGGUGGGACUUUCAGAUGGCCACAUCCUUUACAGUUAACAUCCUCUGGGAUGGAAAGAGCUAUAAAAAUGUAACACUAGAUCGACCCUGUAUAUUGGCUUAUUAUUCUGCUUAUUCCAAAGUGUGCAAACUGCCCUGCUUGGGGUAGUGGUCCUGCAGGAACAGUUAAGAGUAUUCUUUAAAAUAAGUCAGCUGCCCUGACAUCCCUUCCUUGUCAUACUUCUCUAUACCUACAUAAAUCCUUGGUAAGAGAAUGUAACAGGGCUCAACAACUGUGAAUAGAACCUUUGCUCCUAGCCAUGAUUUAUUAAAUGAAGGCUAAGCUCAAUGGCAAUGUCACAAAUUCUAAAUCUGUUCAAUGACUCUAAAGUUUUCUAAGGAUAAAUAAUAAAAGCUUCUCAUCUUCUGUA